UUGGUUUUUUGGUACUCCACAUCUGCAUUCUCCAAACUAAGCAAAGUAGGGAUUCGACAUCCUCCAACUCUUCCUUUCAUUGGUAACCUGCUCUUUUUCCGUGAGGGCUUUUGGGAAAACCACACAAAACUCAUAAAGGAGUAUGGACCUGUUUGUGGGUAUUACAUUGGUCGCCAGAUGUUUGUGGUGGUCUCCACACCAGACAUGAUCAAGCAAAUCCUAGUGACAGACUUCAGUAACUUCACCAACAGAACUAAGCCAAACUUGAUUUCCAAGCCAAUGCUUGACAGCAUCCUUUGUCUUCGUGAUGACAGAUGGAAGUAUGUGCGGAGCCUCCUGACCCCAGCCUUCAGCGAUACCAAACUGAAAGAGAUGACACCGCUAAUAAACAAGGCCUGUGACGUCCUGCUGUGUAACUUGAAAGCCUAUGCAGAUUCUGGCAAAGCUUUUGAUAUCCAGAGGUGUUACAACUGCUUUACCUUGGAUGUCGUUGGUAGUGUAGCUUUUGGUACUGAGGUGGAUUCUCAGAAGAAUCCUGAUGACCCGUUUGUUAAGAAUUGCAGAACAUUCUUUGAAAUGUCUUUGUUUAAGCCUCUCCUCAUUCUAAUCCUUUCUUUCCCAUUCAUAAUGAUCCCAUUGCUUCGGAUUUUGCCAAACAAGAAACAAAAGGAACUGAAUGGAUUUUUUAUUCAAACCAUAAAAAAUGCAAUUGUCUUCAGAUACCAGCAAGAUGCAUCUGAGAGGCGCAGAGAUUUUCUCCAGUGGAUGCUCGACUCCCGUGACUCAGCUGACUCCCCAGCAGCUGGGUGUUUUGAUGUGAUCAGUCCAUCUGUUGCUUCCAGACAGAACGAGGUGCCUCUUGCUGGCAGGGCCCCAUCUGAAAAAGUUCAGAAGACACUAACAGAGGACGAGAUAGCAGGCCAAGCUUUUCUGUUCCUGAUUGCUGGGUAUGAGACCACCACUAGCACAUUGUCCUUUGCCACGUACUUACUAGCCACCAACCCAGAGUGCCAGGAGAAGGUUCUUCAGGAAGUUGAUGAGUUCUCAGCAAAACAC